CGAGCAGAGCUCCCUGUUUGUUUCUGCUGAAAUAAAGAUAAGCUUCCGCAAGCUUUUGAAGUUAUAAACAAAACGAAAAUACCCGGAAAAUUUUUAUGCUGGAACGAUAUCAUCAGCGGGUAUACUGAUGGGUCAGUCUAACAGCCAGUUCACUGAUGAAGAACUUCAAGAUUAUCAGGACUUGACUUAUUUUACAAAGAAAGAAGUUUUACAUGUACACCAGAAAUUCAAAGCCCUCGCACCGGAAAAGGUCGGCCACAACCGAAAUGCUAAGCUGCCGAUGAAUAAGGUUCUUCAGUACCCUGAGCUCAGGGUCAACCCAUUUGGGGAACGGAUCUGCAAGGUGUUCAGCUCAAGCCAAGAUGGAGAUUGUACAUUUGAGGAUUUCCUCGACAUGAUGUCUGUCUUCAGUGAUUCGACGCCUAAAGCCGUUAAAGCCGAGCAUGCUUUCCGCAUAUUCGAUUUUGACGGUGAUGACAUGCUCGGUGUAAACGAUUUGAGAGAAGUGAUCGAUAGGCUGACCAGCCCUCAAAGGUUAACAGAUGCUGAAAUGGCCCACCUUGUUCAGAACAUUUUAUCCGAGGCCGAUCUUGACGAUGAUGGAGCUCUCUCUUUUGCCGAAUUUGAACACGUUAUAGACAAGUCUCCUGAUUUUGCCGAUGUAUUCAAAAUGCAGAUUUAACGAAUGGAAUCAACAAAGCUAAAGCAAGAAUCUAGUCUAAUUUAGAAUUAAGUCACAAUUUUUUAUUACUACCAAAAAUCAAAAACAGUUUUUUUAUAUAUAUUUAAAAAAAGUUUAUUUUCCACA